CACUGUCCGCAUCUUCCUACGAAGAUUUAUGAAAAAACUGAGAAACCAUGUCUCCUCUCCGAGUACACCGAGAAUUAUCCUAUCUAUGAGUCGUACCUGCCCAGAGAUUCCUUUAAGCCCAAGAGGGUGUACAAGAAAGGAGCCGUACCGAUGGAGGGCCUGACCACAGCCAGGAGAGAUUUUGGGCUUCACAAAAUGGUACCAGUGAAAUUCCAUCAGCCUGAGCCGUACAUUCCAAGCGAAGAGACUAUGGAUAUGCUCACCACAUAUAAGCAAGAUUUUAACUACCUCCCUGUCUGUCAAGUUGGCCCCAUCAAACCUCCGGACACUAAAUUUCCAAAUGACAAGAUACAGUAUCUGCCUACUUACAAAGUUGAUUAUUUACCUUGGAACCAACCCAAACGAGAGCUGCUUCGUCCACCACACAAGUACCGGCCAGAGUCGACCAAGUUUGAAAACAGAACCACACAUCAGGAUGACUAUACCAUGAAAGGCCUUGUGACUACCGUAAGCUGCAAGCCUCCGGCUAAACCAAAGCUCUGUAACAUCCCUUUGGAGGAUCUGACCAACUACAAGAUGAGCUAUGUGCCCCACCCUGUGGAGAGGCGCUAUGUCAAAGAGCCUGAGAAAUUUAUACCCUGCGACAUCCCUUUCGAGAACUUGACCACCCACAAAGAGUCCUACCGAGGCCUCCGGGGGGAGCCUGCCAAGAGCUCUAAACCUCCGGCCAAGUGCCCUAUGCAAGAUAUACCUUUCUCAAACUCCACCGAGUUCCAAGAUAAGUUCCAAGCUUGGCCAACACCCCAGGUACCCGCCAAAGCUCCCGCUGCCUAUGUCCCUCCUGAGGAGAAGAUGGAUCUUCUGACGACUGUGCAGACCCAUUACAGGUACCUUAAGGGUAGCCCUGCUCACACUUGCCGGCCUGUGCCUCCUGUUAAGAAUAGCAGCUGCUUUGAAAGCUCCACCACCACCAAGGACGAUUACAAGCAGUGGGCAGCUGCGCUCACAAAGCCAGUCAAACCCAGGCACCAUCUAACCCUGCCUAUCGAGCCUUUGGACUGCCAGACUACCACUAAGAUCUGCUAUGUGCCCCACCCACCUAUUGCUACUAAAAACUACAAGCCCCCCUGGCUUGGCCUACGGAGAAACACCCCUGUGGAGGGUCAAACUACCUACUCCAUUAGCUUUACUCCCAAGGAGAUGGGCAGGUGCCUGGCAUCAUACACUGAGCCCCCCGGCUACAUCUUUGAGGAGGUGGACGCUAUGGGGCACAGGAUAUAUAGGUCCAUCUCUCAGACAGGCUCUAGGCAGAACAGCUGUCUUUCUAUAAACGACACAGAAAAGGCUGGCCAGAAGGAACUGGAAGUGUCAGCCUGA